AUGCUAGUCGUCUGCAGCAGGGGUAUCAUCAAGCCUCGGGUGGUUGCGAUGUUUGGUGUGGGCGUGUACAUGGUCGGCGACGAUCUCGUGAUCAACAUGACGGCGUUGGUGCUGUGCCUGGUCACGCUGAUGGCGGGCGUGGGGUAUUCUGCCAGACCCCAACUAAACUAG